CCCUAUCUACUCGAAAAACCUCAUAAACCCCUUUGUCUGACUCUAACACAUACAAAAACUUCAACCUUGAAGUUGAAGCUGCUCUUGUUUUCAGUCAUAUAUAUAUUUAUAUACACACACAGAGAGAGAGAGAGAGAGAGAGAGAGAGAGAGGGUUUGUUUCAACGAGGAAAUGGCGAUUCAUCUUCCGGAUUACUUCAAAUGUCCAAUCUCUCUAGAAAUAAUGUCCGACCCGGUUAUUCUCUCUUCGGGUCACACCUUCGACCGUUCCUCAAUCCAACGGUGGUUAGACGCCGGUCACCGGACAUGUCCAAUUACCAAACUACCCCUCUCAGACAACUCCUCUCUCGUCCCAAACCACGCCCUCCGAAGCUUAAUCUCCAACUACACACUCCUCUCCCCUCUCCACCAGAAAAUUUCCCAACCCCAAACCCUAAUUUCCACCCUCACCUCUCAAUCCUCAACCGCCGAUUCCAAAACCGAAUCGCUCCGCCAACUCACCCGCCUCUCCAAGCGCGACUCCGCCUUCCGCCGCCGCCUCGCAGACUCCGGCGCCGUCUCCGCCGUCCUCUCCUGCGUCGACUCCGGCGAACCCGCGCUGCAGGAGAAGGCCCUCUCCCUUCUCCUCAACCUCAGCCUCGACGACGACAACAAGGUCGGCCUCGUCGCCGAGGGCGUCAUAGCCCGCGUCGUGGCUGUCCUCCGCCGCGGCGCAUCGCCGGAUUGCCGCGCGCUUGCCGCGACGGUGAUCACGAGCCUCGCAGUUGUGGAGGUGAACAAGGCCACGAUCGGCGCGUACCCGGAGGCGAUGGAAGCACUGGUGGCGAUUCUCCGGGAUGGUAAAGGAAGGGAGAGGAAAGAAGCUGCGACGGCACUUUACGCGGUGUGCUCUUUCCCGGAUAACCGGCGGAGAGCGGUGGAUUGCGGCGCGGUGCCGAUUUUGCUGAGGAAUGUUGAUUCUGGGCUUGAGAGGGGUGUUGAGGUUAUUGGUGUUUUGGCUAAGUGUAAAGAAGGAAGAGAGCAAAUGGAAGGUUAUGAUGGGUGUGUGAAGAUUCUAGCUCGGGUUUUGAGGGAUGGGAGUUCAAGGGGGAUUCAGUAUGCACUGUUGGCACUCAAUUCACUUUGUUUUUAUAGUCAGGAAAUGGUUUUGAUUGCGCUGGAAGAAGGGGUUUUGGAGAUUGCUGUUGGGUUGUUGGAGGAUGAUAAUGAGAAAGUGAGGAGAAAUUCGUCUAAUUUGAUUCGUGUUCUAAGGGGAAACCACAAUCGUUUAAGUUGAUUAUGGAAAGCUUAAGUUUUGAUAACAAUAAGAUUUGAAGAUUUGAUUUUUGUCCUCUGUGGAGGUGAGUUGUGUUUUUUUUUUUUUUUUUUUUUUUUGUGUUUAUUGAUUCUGCCUUGUUGGGUGGAUCCUCUGUACAAAAUGGAAAGAUCAAAUUUUUGUUGUGAAUGUGAUAGGGUUCUUUUGUAUCUUGUAUAUUAUUGAAUAAUGAUGAUGGCUGGCUCUCUGUUGUUAGCCUAGCUGUUUAUA